GAUCUUGAACCCCAUCUCGCCCGAUAAGUUCCCGAAAAUGCCUGGAGACGAGACACUUCAGAAGCCCCACGAAGAGGAGUCCGAUUCCGAGGAGGAGGAGGAAGAGACUUUCCCGAAAUUCGACGUUGACGCGACCAAAUUGACACCGCUCACGCCUGAAGUCAUCUCAAAACAGGCAACGAUAAACUUGGGAACCAUCGGACAUGUCGCGCACGGAAAGUCCACCGUGGUGAAGGCGAUAUCAGGCGUUCAGACCGUUCGUUUCAAGAACGAACUCGUCCGGAACAUCACCAUCAAGCUGGGCUACGCGAAUGCAAAAAUCUACAAGUGCGAGAAUGAGGCUUGCCCAAGACCUGGAUGUUAUCGCUCCUACCGCUCCGACAAGGAGGACAAUCCCCCUUGCGAACGUCCGGGCUGUGGCCACCGAAUGAAGCUCGUGCGACAUGUAUCGUUUGUCGACUGCCCCGGCCACGACAUUCUCAUGGCCACGAUGUUGAACGGCGCCGCGGUUAUGGAUGCCGCACUUCUCUUGAUUGCAGGGAACGAGACGUGCCCUCAACCACAAACAUCUGAGCAUCUUGCCGCCGUCGAGAUCAUGAAGCUUGAAAACAUCAUCAUUCUCCAGAACAAAGUCGAUCUCAUCAAGGAGGCGCAGGCGCUUGAGCACCAAAAGAGCAUUGCUGCGUUCGUAAAGGGCACGGUCGCCGAAUCCUCACCCAUCGUACCCAUUUCCGCGCAACUGAAGUACAACAUCGACGCCGUAAACGAGUACAUCGUGAAGCGGAUCCCCAUCCCUGUGCGCGACUUCACGUCCGACCCACGACUGAUCGUCAUCCGCUCCUUCGACGUCAACAAGCCCGGCGCGGAGGUCGACGAUCUCAAGGGUGGCGUCGCCGGCGGCUCCAUCCUCACCGGCGUCCUCCACCUCGGGCAGGAGGUCGAGAUCCGGCCAGGCAUCGUCACCAAGGACGCCGCGGGCCGCAACCGCUGCAAACCCAUCUUCAGCCGCAUCAUGUCCUUGCACGCGGAGAACAACCUGCUCAACUUCGCCGUCCCCGGUGGCCUCAUCGGUGUCGGCACGCGCAUCGACCCGACGCUCUGCCGCGCGGAUCGUCUUGUCGGCCAGGUGCUCGGUGCGGUGGGCAAGCUGCCGCAGAUAUACUCGGAGCUCGAGAUCAGCCUGUUCUUGCUCCGCCGGCUGCUGGGUGUCAAGACGGAGGACAAGAAGCAGACGAAGGUGACGAAGCUUGUGAAGAACGAACUCCUGCUGAUCAACAUCGGCUCGACGUCGACGGGUGGGCGUGUGCUUAGCGUGAAGGCGGAUCUGGCGAAGAUUCAGCUCACGUCGCCGGCGUGCACGGAGGUGGGCGAGAAGGUCGCGCUCUCGCGUCGUAUUGAGAAGCAUUGGCGGUUGGUUGGUUGGGGUAGCGUACAGAGGGGUACCGUUUUGGAGGUCGACUAGUCACUUUCUGAGGUGUAUUCAUAUCAAUCUGUACUAUUGCUCAGGUGCGACAACGAUGAGGAUCUGCUCUAUUGGUGCGUCCCUUCGUGUGGUCUACAUUAAGUAAUGAAUCACCGCAUUUCCGAGAGC